ACAAAUAUUGGCAGCUGGGUCCACCACCAAUAAUGAUUCCUUCAAGCAUUCUGCAGUGUAGCUGCGUCCACCACCAAUAUCUGGCAGCUGGGUCCACCACCAACAAUGAUUCCUUCAAUCAUUCUGCAGUGUGGUAAUCCAAACCCAGUCUUUUGCACUUUGGUGGUAUCGCGGUAACAGAAACCAAUCCUCUGAAUUCCUAUUGCAAAGCAACAGUCGACACAGAUAUGGCGGAUGCCCUCCUCUCAGCUUCGCUUCAAGUUCUAUUCCAAAGGUUGGCUUCUCCAGAGCUCAUAAACUUCAUUCGGCGACGGAACCUUAGCGAUGAACUCCUCAGCGAGUUGAAGAGGAAACUCGUGGUUGUUCUCAAUGUGCUCGAUGAUGCGGAGGUGAAGCAAUUUUCAAACCCAAAUGUCAAAGAGUGGCUCGUCCAUGUCAAGGGUGCUGUGUAUGAUGCGGAAGACCUGUUGGACGAGAUCGCUACCGACGCUUUGCGUUGCAAGAUGGAAGCUGCUGACUCCCAAACCGGCGGAACUCUUAAGGCGUGGAAAUGGAACAAGUUCUCUGCUUCUGUGAAGACUCCAUUUGCUAUCAAAAGCAUGGAGUCCAGGGUCAGGGGCAUGAUUGAUCUACUGGAAAAAAUCGCACUAGAAAAAGUUGGGUUGGGGCUGGCAGAAGGUGGGGGCGAGAAACGGUCACCAAGACCAAGAUCACCAAUAUCCACUUCUUUGGAGGAUGACUCCAUUGUUGUCGGCAGGGAUGAAAUUCAGAAGGAGAUGAUGGAGUGGUUGCUUUCUGACAAUACAACAGGCGACAAAAUGGGGGUGAUGUCCAUAGUGGGCAUGGGCGGCAGCGGCAAGACCACGCUUGCUCGGCGUCUCUAUAACGAUGAGGAAGUGAAGAAACACUUCGACUUGCAAGCAUGGGUCUGUGUUUCCACUGAGUUUCUCCUUAUCAAACUCACCAAAACAAUUCUUGAGGAAAUUCGUUCUCCACCUACUUCCGCUGACAACCUAAAUUUGCUUCAGCUUCAACUCAAAAAGCAACUUAGUAACAAGAAAUUUCUGCUUGUCCUUGAUGACGUCUGGAAUUUAAAGCCUCGUGAUGAAGGUUAUAUGGAGCUUAGCGAUCGUGAAGGUUGGAAUAUUCUACAAACUCCACUCCUCGCUGCAGCAGAGGGAAGCAAGAUUGUCGUGACCAGUCGUGAUCAAUCUGUUGCAACAACCAUGCGAGCAGUCCCUACUCAUCAUCUUGGAAAUUAAGCUCUGAAGAUAGUUGGUCCCUGUUUAAAAAGCAUGCAUUUGAAGAUGAAGACCCCAACGCAUACCUUGAGCUUGAACGCAUAGGCAGACAGAUUGUGGACAAGUGCCAAGGAUUGCCUUUGGCUGUGAAAGCACUCGGCUGUCUCUUGUAUUCUAAGGUUGAAAAAAGGGAAUGGGACGAUGUGUUGAAAAGUGAUAUAUGGCAUCCGCAUAGUGGCUCCGAAAUUCUUCCGUCUUUGAUAUUAAGCUACCAUCAUCUUUCUUUACCUCUGAAGCAUUGUUUUGCUUAUUGUUCUAUUUUUCCCCAGGACCACCAAUUCAACAAAGAGAAGCUGAUUUUAUUAUGGAUGGCAGAAGGUCUUUUACAUCCACGACAAAACGAAGGAAGGAGAAUGGAAGGGAUCGGUGAGUCAUAUUUUGAUGAGCUUCUUGCCAAGUCUUUCUUUCAAAAAUCUGUUGGAAUAAAAGGAUCAUGCUUUGUAAUGCAUGAUCUAAUACAUGAAUUGGCUCAACACGUGUCUGGAGAUUUUUGUGCUCGAGUGGAAGAUGAUGAUAAGUUACCAAAAGUAUCUGAGAAGGCUCACCACUUUUUGUACUUUAAAAGUGAUGAUUAUACCUCGUUGGUUGCAUUUAAGAAUUUUGAGGCUAUGACUAAAGCUGAAUCUCUUCGGACAUUCUUAGAAGUGAAGACAGAAGAAGACUUUUAUCGUUAUGAUUUGAGUAAAAGAGUUUUGCAAGAUAUAUUACCAAAAAUGUGGUGUUUACGUGUGUUAUCAUUAUGUGCAUAUAGAAUAACUGAUUUGCCUAAAUCGAUAGGUAAUUUGAAACAUUUACGUUACUUGGAUUUGUCUUUAACAUUGAUUCAAAAAUUACCUGAAUCAGUAUGUUGUUUAUGCAAUUUACAAACGAUGAUGCUAAGAAAAUGUUCAAAACUUAAUGAAUUGCCUUCAAAGAUGGGAAAAUUGAUUAAUUUGCGCUAUCUUGAUAUUGAUGGAUGUGGUUCAUUGAGAGAAAUAUCAAGUCAUGGAAUUGGUCGAUUAAAAAAUUUACAAAGGUUGACUCGAUUUAUUGUGAGCCAAAACAAUGGAUUAAGAAUUGGAGAAUUGGGGGAGCUGUCAGAGCUUCGAGGAAAACUUUAUAUUUCAAACAUGGAGAAUGUGGUGAGUGUUAAUGAUGCAUCAAGGGCUAAUAUGAAGGAUAAAAGUUAUCUUGAUGAGUUAAUCUUUGGUUGGGGUGACAAGUGUACCAAUGGUGUUACACAAAGUGGUGCAACAACGCAUGAUAUACUCAACAAGUUACAACCUCAUCCAAAUUUAAAACAACUCUCCAUCACAAACUAUCCUGGUGAAGGAUUUCCAAAUUGGCUUGGAGAUCCUUCAGUGUUGAAUGUCGUGUCCCUUGAGCUUCGGGGUUGUGGCAAUUGCUCAACAUUGCCACCACUUGGACAGCUAACCCACCUUAAAUAUCUGCAAAUCUCAAGGAUGAAUGGAGUAGAGUGUGUGGGUGAUGAGUUCUAUGGGAAUGCUUCCUUUCAAUUCCUAGAAACACUAUCAUUUGAGGAUAUGCAGAACUGGGAGAAAUGGUUAUGUCGUGGAGAAUUCCCUCGUCUCCAGAAGCUUUUUAUACGAAGGUGUCCCAAACUCUCUGGGAAAUUACCAGAACAACUUCUUUCAUUGGUGGAAUUUCAAAUUGAUGGAUGUCCGCAACUGCUUAUGGCUUCACUCACAGUUCCUGCAAUUUGUCGAUUGAGGAUGAUGGAUUUUGGUAAACUGCAGUUGCAAAUGGCAGGUUGUGACUUCACAGCUCUUCAAACUUCAGAAAUUGAAAUUUUAGAUGUGUCUCAGUGGAGUCAACUUCCAAUGGCACCACACCAGCUCUCAAUUAGAAAAUGUGAUUAUGUGGAGUCUCUGCUAGAGGAGGAAAUCUCGCAAACCAACAUACAUGAUCUGAAAAUCUAUGACUGUAGUUUUUCUAGAUCCCUACACAAAGUUGGUUUACCCACUACACUGAAAUCACUAGUCAUCUAUGAGUGCUCGAAAUUAGAGAUUCUCGUACCUGAGUUGUUCAGAUGCCAUCUCCCAGUCCUUGAAAGUCUAAUCAUCAAUCGUGGUGUUAUCGAUGAUUCUCUCUCGUUAUCCUUCUCAUUAGGCAUCUUCCCCAAGUUGACUCAUUUCAGAAUCCUUAAUCUUAAGGGGCUUGAGAAGCUCUCCAUUUUGGUUUCAGAGGGUGAUCCCACAUCAUUAUGUUCCCUGUUUCUAGAUGGUUGCCCUGAUCUUGAAUCUAUCGAAUUGCACGCUCUCAACUUGGAGUCUUGUUCGAUUUAUAGGUGCUCCAAGCUCUGGUCGUUGGCACACGCACACUCAUCUGUACAGGAGUUGAAUUUAGGGUCUUGUCCAGAAUUGUUGUUUCAGAGAGAGGGUUUGCCUUCCAACCUACGUAAACUUGAAAUUACCGAUUUCACGCCCCAGGUGGAGUGCGAUUUGCAAAGGCUGACCUCUCUUACUCAUUUCACAAUCAACGGUGGAUGUGAAGACAUUGAAUUAUUUCCCAAGGACUGUUUGCUGCCCUCUUCUCUGACUUCUCUUCAAAUUGUAGAGCUUUCGAAUCUCAAGUCUCUUGACAGCAGGGGUCUUCAACAACUCACCUCUCUUCUACAAUUACAGAUCAGAAACUGCCCAGAGCUCCAGUUCUCGACAGGAUCGGUUCUUCAACACCUUAUCUCUCUAAAACGAUUAGAAAUUGAUGGAUGCUCGAGGCUCCAAUCAUUGACAGAAGUGGGUCUUCAGCACCUCACCUCUCUUGAAAUGUUGUCGAUCGAAAACUGCCCAAUGCUCCAAUCCUUGACAAAAGUGGGUCUUCAACACCUCACCUCUCUUGAAAGUUUGGGGAUCAAUUACUGCCCAAUGCUCCAAUCCUUGACAAAAGUGGGUCUUCAACACCUCACCUCUCUUAAAACAUUAGGGAUCUAUAACUGUCGUAAGCUCAAAUACUUGACAAAAGAGAGACUUCCAGACUCCCUCUCUGAUCUGUACAUCUACAAAUGUCCUUUACUGGAAAAACGGUGUCAAUUUGAGAAAGGGGAAGAAUGGCGUUAUAUAGCUCACAUUCCAAAAAUAACGAUCAAUUAUGUGUUAUAUUAAUCAAAGUGCCACUCCGCCAAUAUAGAGUCAGUGUUCAUUGUAAGUAAUCAGGAUGAGCAUAGAAGAUUUCUUAUGAUAAACAAAGUUUCGAUUAUGACCAUGGAAGAAACAUGUAAGCAGCUUGCAGUGAUUGGGCGGCCAUGUAAAAUGUGCUCUAACCAAGUGGAAUUCUGCAAAAGGAAGUGGAAUAUGAAGAAAGAUAGAUUGUCAGAUUUUCCCUGUAGAGGAAGGGAGAUUCCUGGGUGCUCAACACUUGAUGCUCAUUGCUCUGUUCAAGAAGACUAAGAAACUCAAGAGGAUCAGUUUCAGCCAUGUCAAAAGCAAAAGGAAAAGCUGAAGCUGAAGAUAUCAUGUAUAAAAACAGAGGAAUUUCCAUUGAAACUAGUCCAAAUGAUGGUACUUUUUGUCACCCAGCUUCUUCAGAAAUUGCUGCUUGGCCCAUGGCAAGGUUAACAAUCCCCUCAACUGUGAAACAGUUUUUGAUGAGGUUGGCUAAUGAUCAAAUUCCACCAGUUCACUAUGAUUUAUACUGUAACAUGAUCAUAUGUAUAAACCCUGAAGUUCUUAUAUAAAUGCUGAGAAUCUUCCAUUGGGCCCUAAUGGAUUAUGGAAGUUGUGUGAUUUUGGAAGCACCUCCACCAAUCAUAAGCACUUUAAGAAGCCUGAAGAAAUGGGCAUUGAAGAAGACAAUAUCAGAAAGUACAGCUCCCGAGGUUGAAUGGAAAACUAUGUUUUUUGAUAAGUUAGUGCUUUUGGUUGAAAAAAUGUCGACUCCCAGUUUCUUCCUUUUCCUGUCCUAGAUGUGGGGAUUUGUUUAGGAGGAAACCUAUAAAUGAGAAAGUAGACAUUUGGGUUUUCUUCUCGUAACAGCACAGAGAAAAGAUUGAAGCAACAGACUGGGAACUCCAGCAAAGAAAAUCCGUUUCCCCUGGCCCAGACUCUAAUCUUUGGCAGGCUUUCUCUGAGGCAGGUGCCCAGACAACAAUAGCAAGUCUGUUAGGACCCGAAAUGGCCAUCACAACAAACCAGCCACAGAAGGAACUUCUGGCCCUGAAACUUGGGGUUUUGGAACAGAGAGUUUUACAGCCACCCCUGCUGCCGGCUCUAAUAUUUCCAGACCCUCCAUUGGAGGCAAUAAUGCCCAGCUGUUUGUUGACUCAAAGAAGAUUGAGGGCAAGCUGGCUACUCAACCUGCUGAAUGGGCUGGUUUCUAACUUAUUUGGUGAGGUUGUAUCAUCCUGGGCACUUCUGGCCAUAAGAGAUGAGAAUAGGUAAAAAAGCAAAACAGAAAGGGAUUCAUGGCUUUCUGGGCAUGAUUAUGCUUGUCUUGAGCCCAAACAACAUCCACUGUCUCUUAAGACCAUAAAUGGUCAUCAUAACAUUUUAUUUGGUAUUGAAGUGGUGUCAGGUAGAGGGGUGGAUUCUUCAUCCUGGUUUUAUGUUACUGUUUUUAGAAAAUUAUUAGUCAAAUGAGUUUUUGGACUGUCUUUAACUAUUUUCGACUAUUUUUCCAUAUCUUAUCUUAGAUCUAAAUGCAUUAGUUGGACAAUAGAAUGGUGGUUACUUAUCUAACAGAUGUUGCUUUACUAGACCAUGGGUGGGCUCUCUUACCAAUUCUUAUCUUUAGAAGGGCUUCUAUAUAUAAACUUUUAGCGUUUCAUUGAUGUUUUUAAUCUUAUUGCAGAAUGAAAGAAAACUCAACCCUCUCAUCCUUAAUUCAGAACCAUCUAAAGCCUGGCCAUGGAAUAAGCUCAAGCCUUUCUGUACAGAGCAGCUGGACUCUCUCAAAUUUUUUAUUUGUAAAUAUCCAAAGGUGACUUUUCCCAGUGGGGGAAUUGGAGGAAGGGGAGAUUCCUGGGUGCUGAACUAUUGAUGUUCAUUGCUCUGUUCAAGAAGAACAAGAAACUAUUGAACCCCGGCAUUGAGCUGAUGCUUCACAAUGUGUUAUUAUAAGAGACAUAGGCUGCCCGAGUUGUCUGAAUAUACCCCAUAGUCCCUCUGAUGCCUGUACACAAGUCCUUGGGCGCCUCCAGAAAGGAACCUUGAUAAAGAGCCAUUGUGCAUAAAAAAAAAACACCAGUAUUCAGUGUUCACCCUCACAACAGUAACGCAGCUAGUGUCCUUGAUUCUUAUGACAGUGCCAAAGGCUUCUACCAUCGCUUGUACUCAGGAUUCUGUGAUAAAGCUGCAGAUUUUUGAGGUUCAAGCAGUAGAAAACUAGAGAAAUUGCAGCCAGAGAAAUGAAGAAGAAGAACACAGAGGGGCCUAAGAGGACUGAGAGUAUUAGAAUUGCUUUAUUUUGGUUGCCUCUGCCUGAAGUUAGUUCACUGGACUUCAAUAUCUUGAUUAGAGCACUUCUGGAAACAGCAGUUUGAUCCAACCUCCCAUUUGAAAGAGGUAAGUCUUUUCCUCCAACAGCUUCCAGUUCCAUUUGGAAACCUCAGGUCCUCAUAAAUAGCAACUGCACAGUAGGCUCCAACACCAAUCCCUGGGUUGGCAAUAUGGUAUUAGUCGGGUGCUUGAAGCUCUCCCAUACACUGGUAUGCAAUUUCCAUCUCCAAGCAUGGCACCAUGCACUGGUUCGCUGCUCACAUUACCAGUCUGUCUUCCACAUAUCUUAGCCUCUAGAGAACAAGCCGUCUAUUGGUGGUAAGCCCAACUUUUGAUCCUCUUGGCACCGGUUAACUUCCAUUUGCAGUCCAGAUAGCAAGAAGGAAUAAGUCCACUUCACUUGGAGAGGGUUGGAAUCCAAAUGCAAAAUCACCAGAAAGGCAAAGCCCAUGUGGAGUUUUCAUCAGUGGCAUAGAGAGAUGAACCCAAGCUUAUAUUACUGUAAGCUUGGCUGAUGAGUAACAAGUAGAGGUAGAGAGACAAUGUAUGUAAGUUAUUAUGUGAAUAACUGGUCACCUGACUGCUUUCUCUGCAUGUUGAUUCAGUUGAAAGAGACUAGCGAAUAUUAUUUUCUUCUAUAAUUGAACAUUCUCCUGUAAUUGAAUAGUGUUAAAGCAAUUUUUUUUUCUUCUUCAACAAA